AUGGCGCGACCGAAAUGGUUGGCGACUUUGACGCAACACAGCGAAAAGCCGCCUGCUAUGCUAAAGUUCAGGAGCUCGGAUGGUUUCAUCAUUGGGACUGUGGCGUUGGCGGUGUUCACCGUAAGCAAGGUCUCAGAAUCAGGAUCGCUACCUGGACUUCAGUGUAUCAUAAAAUGACUGAUUCUGCGCAGGAUAUGUUCCUCUACGGCGUGAUCGUUCCGGUGAUUCCAUUUGCUUUGCAAAGCCGCAGCCAUAUCGAACAAGACAGGGUACAAUACUGGGUUUCAGUCUUGAUUGCUAUCUAUGGAGCUUCACUUCUGGCAUUUUCUCCUGUGUGUGGCUGGCUUGCGGAUCGAGGAUCAUCUCGCCGGUCUCCGCUUUUGCUUGGGCUGCUUGCGCUGCUAGGUUCAACUGUACUUCUUCAGGUGGGCAACUCGACAGGUAUCCUCAUCGCGGGGAGGGUUUUACAAGGUGCAUCUGCAGCUGUUGUAUGGGUGAUUGGCCUGGCUUUAUUAGCUGACACUGUACCUCAAGAGAAUCUCGCCCAAGCCAUGGGCUACGUGAGCCUAGGGAUGUCGUUGGGUAUACUCAUAGCACCCUUAUUAGGAGGUGUUGUGUUCGACAAUGCUGGGUAUGACGCAGUUUUUGGUAUGGCAUACGGCUUGAUUGGGCUGGACAUCAUGCUCCGGUUGUUGCUUGUAGAGAAGAAGGUAGCCGCAAGGUGGGAUCCAGUUGCUGAAGUCCAAGCGCAAGAAGCGGCAGAUUCUCCAAGCAGUCGAGCUGUCCCUGCGGCAACCGAACAGAUCGACUCGGAAAAAGGUCUCACAUCCGGAGGAUUAGGUGCCUCCGACCCCCCUACGAGCACAGCUUUGCGAUCCCGUCGCCGCGACCGUCUGCCCCCUGUCUUGGCACUACUUUAUUCUCGCCGACUCCUCGCUGCACUAUUCUGUGCGCUCAUUCAGGCUGCACUCUUGACUUCCUUCGACUCUGUUCUCACGAUACACUCUGCCAACUUAUUUGGGUGGACUGCUACAGGGGCAGCGUUGCUCUUCCUACCAAUUGUCAUUCCUAGCUUCCUCGCGCCAGCCUUUGGUUGGUUCAGCGAUAAAUAUGGGGGACGGUACCCUGUAACCCUUGGCUUCCUCGGUGCCUGUCCUCCUUUGGUCUGCCUGCGCUUCGUCGACGAAAAUACGAUGAACGACAAGGUCAUCCUCUGUGCAUUGCUCGCACUCACAGGUCUAUUCCUCGCACUUACCUUUCCACCAAUCAUGGCUGAGAUAUCAGGUGUUGUUGAGACGAAAGAGAAGAACAUGCUCGCAAGUGGUCGUGCAGGGUUUGGCCCGGGAGGCGCCUAUGCACAAGCUUACGGUCUGUUCAAUAUGGCUUUCGCAGGCGGAUGCAUGGUAGGACCGCUAAUGGCAGGAUUCAUCGUCGAGGACAAAGGUUGGUCGGCUAUGGCUUUGGUCCUGGGGAUACUCUCGGCAAUCACAUCUAUCCCGGCCUGCCUUUGGUUAGGUGGAUGGCUGUUUAAGAAGACUCAUAACGACGGGUAUGAACAAAAAGGGUGUUCGUUUCGGUAA